CGAACACAAUGGGUUCCUAGCCACCGCCUUGCGCCUCAUGGGUGCGGUUCCUUAUCUGACCAUCUGCAUGCGAAUCUGCGCCUUUGUUGCAUUGCACGCGCGUGUGUUCCAGAGACACCGAAUGGUUGGGCGCAGCGUUAGAAUCGAGUUCCACGCAAGCUCUGAUGGGGCAAAAUCGACAAUCAAGUAUCUUGCGCCGUGUUUUCAUUUAUUUUGCCGAGUUAACCUUCCUCAUCUGGCAGAUGCAGUAAACUGCAAACUGUUGGUCAUCAUGGCAGCUUCACCCAAGCCGAGGCAUCUUCAAGGAAGAAAGCAGCCUCAGUCCUACAUAACUUCAAGGCCAAGGACAACCACUCUUUUGCUGGCGAUGUUGGGUGUCCUUCUCCCUCCUGUCUGAUUUGAUACUGAUUUUUGAUUCUAAGCGAUCUCAAUGAAAAUGGCACAGCAAUCACUCCACGAUGCCAGCCAACCUCCAGCUCAUCUCGUAACGGACCAACAGAGUAGCGUCGAACGCAGCGAAGAGGCGGGGGGAGAGCUAAACACAUGGAAGGCCGGGAGACAGGAGUGGAUGAUUCUGUUGACACUGUCCAUUAUCUCUUUCAUCAUUGCUGUUGAUGUGAUGAUUCUGAUUCCAGCACUGCCUACACUCGCCCAUGAACUCGGCGGUACGUCUGCAGCAACUUUUUGGACAGGCACAUCUUUUCUACUGGCCAACGCAGCACUUGUUCCCUGCAUUGGCGCCGUGUCUGACAUCUUUGGUCGCCGUGAGCUGCUCAUGGUGUCGCUUCUUUUCUUUACCAUGGGGACAGUAGUAUGUUGCACAUCCUACACCAUGACCCAGCUGCUGGCCGGCCGAACCUUGCAAGGUGUUGGGGCCGGGGGCAUCCAGACAAUGUCCUACAUCAUCGUGUCGGACAUCGUGCCUCUCAGGCAGAGACCAAAAUACGGCAACUUCACCUUGUUGGCCUGGGGCUUAGGCGCCAUCUGUGGUCCUGUCCUUGGCGGUGUGAUUACUGAGCACACAACAUGGAGGUGGCUCUUUUACAUCAACUUUCCCAUCUGCGCUCUUGGGCUCUUGAUUGUUCCUCUCACAGUCAAUCUCAGGCCAGAGAAGAAGAGAACUUUUGCGGAGAACCUUGCCGCUGUUGACUGGGCUGGUGGUGUUUUAUUCAUCGCCAGUAUCUCAAGCUUCUUGGUCGGGCUCACUUGGGCAGGAAUCCAAUUUCCGUGGAACUCCUAUCAAACAUUUGUGCCAAUCAUCGUGGGUGCGGUUGGCCUGUUGCUAACGGUGGUUUAUGAGAAACGCGUCCCUGUUUUCCCAUUUUUGAGGGUCUCAGUCUUUAACAGCCUGUCUGCGGUGCUUGUUUACAUCUGCACCACAGUUCAUGGAUUUCUGCUCUUCUCGCACCUGUUUUACAUCAUGUUCUAUUACCAGUCCAUCAAGGCCAUAAACCCGACAAUAGUGGCUGUCAUCAUGGUGGCGGUAAACCUGAUUCUUUUUCCCGCCAGCAUCGUCACGGGCCUGAUGAUUACACGGUUUGGGUCAUUUUUAUGGGCUGUUUGGGGUGGGCUGGCAGUGACAACAUUGGGGAAUGGUCUGUUAUUCCUCUUGGACCGAGACCGUUCAGUGGUAGCCACUGUCUUUAUCUUGCUUAUUUCCAGCAUCGGCCAGGGACUUUUGCUCAGCGCGCUCAACGUGGCUACGCAGACCAUGGCCAAGACAGUUGAUGUCGCGUAUGCAGUCACCAUGUUCAUGUUUAUGCGGACACUCGGCAUGUGUUUGGGAGUUGCCUUGGGCGGCACAACGUUCCAAAAUGUGCUGCUGAGAGCACUUGAGGAAAGGAAAGUCGCUGAUGCUCUCGUCAUUGCAGUUGAUGCAGAGUCAUUUGUGGCGAGACUCCACGCCAUGCAAAGCGGUCCCACAAAGGAUGCGAUACUAGAGUCCUAUGUGAAAGGGUUUCAUGGAGUAUUCAGCUUGUUGGUGGCUCUCUCAGCGUCGUGCUUAUUGGCAAGUUUCUUCAUGAAACACCACACCCUAGAUAGGAAGUUGGAUUCCGAACAUAAACUGCAGGGCAGGCAUUAUCCAAAGGGAGAUGUGAGCGCCUAGGCUGCCAGCAUGUCGAAUAGAACAGCGAAUUGGCCAACCAUUCGAACUCAG